CGUGCCCUAGCUUGACGUUCGGAACUGGUGGGAAGGGCCUUCGGCAGGCUAUCGCCAGAGUGCGACAUUCAUCCAGCCUGCACAACAGAGUCCGCCAGCGGAGUGCGUGCGGCCCCUGACCAGGAAGGUGUGCAUUUCAGCGAUACCUGCCCGCGCUGGUCCACCGCGCAGAGUGCGCAUGGACCGGACAUUAUGGCGCGCACUGGCCAGACAGGGCGGCUAUGUGGCCUGCAGUGACAGAAUUACGUACAAUUUGCCCUGUGAAUCGCGGAAUUCAUGGAAGGCUUGAUUCGCAGAUAAUAAGCGUCUCUUUUGGGGAAUUAUUGCACGCGAUCCUUGAGAACUCUAAUAGGGGAAUUGCUCGUUAAAAUGAGGGCACUGUAGGCUUGUCGCACUUUCACCCUUCCCCUCAUCUGUCCGUCCUCCGCCCUUCACCCGUCCCCCCGCGAUGUCUGCUUCACCGCCACACGAGGAGCCUGCUGAAGAUCCGAAGGUCGAUGAACUCGAUGACGCUGGCGAACCUGAGCCAGAGCCAGCUGCUGAAGCGCCAGCUGAACCUGUCAAGCGCAAGCGAGGACGCCCUCCUGGUAGCAAAAACAAGAAGAACGCCGCUAGUGCACCAGCGGGUGCGGGGACCUCCGCGGGCGCUGGAACGUCCACAGAUGCCCCAGCAAAGAGGCCCAGAGGCAGACCUCCCAAGAGGAAAUCGGAGGGUGAUACUGAGGAGCAGAAAGUGAAGAGACCGAGGGGUCGUCCUCCUAAGAAGAAGCCUGAGCCGAAGGGGGACGGGGAAGUUGUUGAGGCUGCUGAGUCCAGUGCUCAGCCCAAGAAGAAACGAGGUAGACCUCGCAAGGAACCAUGAGGAGCAUCGGCCCUCUAGUUCAGCAGUCAGCCGACUGUUUAAACACUCCGUUUAUGCUCCUUCCAGGCCACGCAAUGUUUCCUCUUGCAGUCUCAUGACAAUCCUAGCCUAGUCUGCCUGAUGGCCUGUUCAUUACUUCACCAACAUGCUCGUCUAUAUUCGCUGGCCCUCCUUCAAAUGCCUGUAUUACGACCGUUCGAUAAUUUGGGAGCCUAUCUCUUGUUGCAAUCGUCGCUGUUGCUCCCUGGUUUUCUCUUCGCGCGUAGUAUAUCGCAAAUUCGUUGUAUCCAUCAUGAUACCAUGUACCAGUCCGGUCCAAAUCCAAUUAGUGACGAUCGCUCUGUACACCAUUUCAUACGCAUGCAACAUGUGCUACGUCUGCGAAUGCUGUAGUUUCGGUGUUGUUACGGCCGCUUUGGUGCCCAGAAGGUGGAUAAAUGAGUCCUUCCUGACAUAAGAGAACCGUUCAAAUUACUAG